UUUAAAAAUAGUAAAAACAUGCCCCCUUUUUAAAAAAAGGAUCAAAAUCACUGUUUUAUCUUUUAUUUUCUCUUUCUUUUCCUCUCUUUCUCUCUUCUUUUUCCUCUAAUUUUAGAAAAAUAAACAAAAAAAUAACCAAUUGAAUACUGGUUUGAUUUUGAUUAAGUUAUUUAAAAAAAUAAAUAGAUGAAUUCAAUGGACAAGAUCAAAGUUGAAUAGAAAAAAAGAGACACAUUGCUAGAAAAAAGAGAGACAUUAUAUAUUCACAUUAAUAUUACCCAUAAUACAAUAUAAUAAGCUCAAAAUCAAAAUUGAGUGUGCUAUUUUUUAAUAAAAUAAUAACAUAUAUCUAGCACAUGAUAUAACAAUUAAUAAUAUUAAACCAGAAAUUGACAUUUAAAUGACGUUAGAAGCCAGUAACAUGGUCGUUCCGCGGCACUUGUCAACUGAAUGGAGUCUCCGACACAGAAAUCAGUAAACCCCAUCUCUCGAAAUCAGUAAAUCCCAUCUCUCUCUCUCUCUCUCUCUCUCUGUGUAAAAGUCGAUGGAGAAAAUAGAGCAUAAGUUCGUGGAGGUGAAGGAGGGGCAGAAGAUCCACAUAGCGGAGAUCGGAACUGGUCCCAAGGUGGUGGUGUUCCUGCACGGUUUCCCGGAGAUAUGGUACUCCUGGCGCCACCAGAUGAUCGCUAUCGCUGGUGCCGGUUACCGAGCUAUCGCACCCGAUUACAGAGGCUACGGCCUGUCCGAUCCUCCUCCCGAUCACGAAAGCAUUUCCUUCCUGGGAUUCGCCACCGACAUCGUCCUACUUCUUGAUGUUCUCAACAUCCCGAAGGUUUUUCUUGUUGGUAAAGACUUUGGAGCCCCACUUGCCUACCUUGUUGCUCUUCUGCACCCUGACAGAGUCUCAGGAGUCAUAGCAUUGGGCGUGCCAUUCCUGCCACCACGUGGCCCUACACACCACAGAGGCCUCCCAGAAGGCUUCUACGUCUCAAGAUGGAAUGAACCUGGAAGAGCUGAAGCUGAUUUUGGCCGAUUCAAUGCUAAAACGGUUGUUAGGAACAUCUACAUUCUCUUCUCCAAAAGUGAAAUACCAAUAGCUGGUGAAGACCAGGAAAUCAUGGAUAUGGUGGAACCAUCUAUUCCUUUACCCCAUUGGUUCACAGAACAGGAUCUCGCAACCUAUGGAGCUUUGUAUGAGAAAUCAGGAUUUCAAACUGCCUUACAAGUUCCUUACAGGACAAUGCACAAAGCGAACAACAUGCCAGCUGAUCCAAAAAUUGAAGCCCCAUCUCUGCUGAUCAUGGGCGAGAAGGACUACGUCUUUAAAUUUCCUGGAAUGGAGGACUACAUAAGGGGAGGAGAGGUGAAGACAUAUGUGCCAAAUUUAGAGACCGUCUUCCUGCCUGAAGGAACUCAUUUUGUCCAGGAGCAGUUCCCGGAUCAAGUAAAUCAGCUCCUUCUCACCUUCCUUGGUAAACAUUAUUGAUUACAAUAUACAUCAGUCAAUAAAAUGAGCAGUUAAUGCUCGGAUGAUAGAUUCUAUACUUUACAAGAGCUGCUGCCUAUUGAAGGCUGUGUCUUGUAGGAGUGAUUAGAAGCGUAGCGAGACCCCUUGAACUUUCCGGACAUGAACUAAAAGGAUUAUGGUGUUUAUGUUAAAAGAUAUGAUCAAAUUUAAAAUUAAAUUGGUCUUA